AUGCCACCACAGGCUGCGCCGUUCUGGCUCUGCCACGAGAUUGAUGGUGUGCCUCACUGUGCAAGCUGUAACUCCGAGUUCCUUGAGAUUCUCGACGAAGAUGUCAACCCAGACCCCCAUCGCGAGCUUCCCCACCCACCUGAACGCCCAGGGCAUGCUUCCGAUGCCCCUCCUGUCCCACCUCGUCCCGGCCAAACCGACCCUCAGCACGUCACCCCCGAAGCACCCAACUUCUUCAGCGGGCUGUUCGAGUCGGUCUUUGGCGGGGGCCAGCCUGGCCAGGAAAACCAGCAACCACAAUCAGGACCAUCUAGCCCGUCCACUCAGCAGCCGCAGAGGAGCAACCAGCCUCGGACGUGGAACUUCAAUAUCGGGAAUGGCGCUGCGACUGUGACCUUUGGGUCAUUCCCGCAAGGCGGUUAUGGGUCGUCGCCUCCGGGCACGAUUCCAUUUGGACAGCCGUUCAACCCAUUUGCGGGAACCCCAGUUGGAGGCUACAAUGGUGCUCCAGGCGACCCUAACGAUGGCCUUGACAGAGGCUUUGGUGCUCGUCCGCCUAACCGCGCACCCCAGCAGCUCGAGGGUGCCGACUUGGCUCUCUUCUCGAUCAUUGCCGAGGAAGGCGGUGCACCUGGCCUCCUGCCUCGCGGGCGCAUGGGCGACUAUGUCAUGACAGAGGCGGCUGGACCGCAGGGCCCCCUCCCAGCGCCUGAGGUUGUCAUCGACGGCUUGCCACGAAUCAAGUUUGAUGAGAAGACGCUCGACUGCAUCGUGCCAUGGCUCAAGACCAACGGGUCCUGCCCCGUCUGCCGGUUCUCGCUUGUCCCGGAACCUGCAAACCAAUCAGCCCCCCAGCCGACGCCGACACGGGCGCAGGGAACGCAGCCUGGCGCUGCAGAGGAGCAGACGGGUGGAGGAGGCGGAGGCGGAGCGCUAGCUACGGCGCAGGGCGUGAUCAGCAACGUUCUGAACAGGCUGUUUGGUCAGAGCGGCAACGAAGAGCCCCCACCCCUGCCUGCUCCUGGGACCCGACCUGCCCCUCCCUCCGGCUCUCAACCUGCUCCGACUGGCGCGGCCGAUGCUGCUCCUCCAGCCCCGCCGCCUGCGGCACCGACGGGGCCACCUACAAGUGUACCGGCCACUGAGACCACGGCGGCAGCAGGUGCCGAAGACGAGCUCAACGAGGCCAUGAGAAAUUUCCACAGUUCACAGCAAGAGGAGGCCGAAGAUCCUUCAACAACGACGAGCCUUCGGCCUCGUCGCCUAUCCAACGCAUCCGACGCGUCAGACUUUGCAGACCCGGCGGCUGACCCUCCGGAGGCUGUCCUUGGUCCCGACGACGCUGCAGACCCACCCGAGCCUGUGCUCGCACCCGACAUGUCGUCUGCGAUUCCGAACGACUACCGCGCCAUGCACCUCCGCCGGGAGCAGGAGAUACAGCAGCGCGAGCAGGAACGGGAGCGUCGCGAGCGUCAGCAAGCGGCAGUGAGGGAGUAUGACCCCUUUGUCGACGAUCUGGAUUAA